AGGAGAAUAGACGGAACCGAUGAAGGUUUGACGGCGCUUUGUUUCCUUCUCUCCCAAGCGAGCAGUGACCACAGAUACAUGAGAUGGCGGCAGCUUUCGACCAUAGAGGACAAGAGACGGCCGCGUUGGUUUCCUUCUCUCCCUUGCCACCACAGUCCCCAGGAGACCCGCUGGUUUUGACUGUGGAUUACACCUACUGCUAUUCGAUUUUAUUAUCUUAUCUUUCUAUUGAUAGUGUUCAAGUUGCCCAUCUCAGAGUUAUAUUGAUGGCCGACAUUUCAGCUUCAAGAACAAAACUGGCUGAGAAAGGGAAGCCAAUUGCAAAGAUAAAGCCUAUAGGUGCCAUCUUGGUUCCUCAAUAUUGCACUUCGCACCUCCUGCAGACCUGCAACCUUGUGACUUGUGAGGAGAAUAAUGGCGUUGAGAGUCAUCCCAGAUUAAUUUGGUGUAGCAUUUCCAGAUAUGCCAAAGAAUGAUGCCAGAAAGAGAGUGUUUGGAGGGGGGUCCCAGAUUAACAACAGAGCUUUUGUAUUUCAAGACCGAGCCUUGAAAUAAUGCAUUCGACAUCAAGUUUUAAUCAAAAUGGUGAAAGUCACAACAAAGAUGAUCAAGAUUGAUAAUAUCAACUAUCAAGUGUAAUAUGUUUUUUACUUUGUUAAAUUUUGUGAUGUUGUUUGUAAUGAAUUGGUGAAUCUUCGAUGUGGGUAACUCAAUUUUACUUCUCACACGAUCCGCUCUCUGCACACACUCACACACAUAUAGGAGCUGGAUUUAGUAUAAAGUGUGCUUAUUGUGCAGUGUACGAUGCACUUUACUCUAAUUGUAUUGAAUAUUGAUGUUUAAAGUGUUGCAUUUAUUCUACAAU